GCGCAUGCUUUAAUUGUCUCUUUACUACCUUUCUUUGAUUCGAAACGGAGAUAGAGGGCAAUGGACAAAGCCUGUUUCAUUAAUUGUGCAAAGUGUAACUCUAUAUUCUAGCGCCAUUUUCAUAAAAUCCGCCAACAUCCGUUUUGUUUUAUAAACGGUGCAAUAAACGCUCAUUUUUACCUACGUGUGUUUACACGAUCUAUAUAUAUGUGUGUGUGUAUAUACACAUCUUGCAACAUAAAAUAUAUGCACCUGUUGGUUAGCUAGGUUGCUAAAUCAUUAACACGAAAAGUGGACUGGGAAUGACAGACAAGGACUCUGACCAGGCUGGCUAACUUUUAUACUUUGUCGUUUUUUUUCCAGAAUAUGUUCUUUUCUCAUUAUGUGUAACGUCUUUCUUUAACGAUGUUUGUAUAUAGUUGUUGUCGUGUUAAGAGCAUCUUUUAAUUUGUUUUCUAAAUAAGAUGAAUAAUCACUUUGUUGACUUCUGAACAGGUCAAUAGUUGGAUGAGUAUAUCAGGAAUCUGGAGCUGGGAGAGAGAUGGACACCAACUCUCAACCACUGCCACCAUCUCAUUCUCUUCACUCCGCUCUCACUCCUUGUCUGGCUCUCCCUGUGUCCCCCUCCCUCCAGUCCCAGCCACUGUCCCCGCCAUCGUCCUCUCCUCUCCCUGCUUCAUUGCCCCUUUCUCCUUUGACACCCUCUAAUUCCAUCCCUCUCUCGCCUACGUCUUAUUCUCCCUCAGCCCUGACUGCUGAAUCCCAGUUGCUCUCUGCUCCUUGUCAUCGCCUGUCUCCUCCCCCACUUUCCCAAGGACCUGUCGCGCACUGCCCAAGCCUGCCUACCUCCGCCGACGAGGAUGACCUGACCUGCCUCAGCUGGCUGCACCAAAGGGGCGACUUACUCCCCCUGCAGCCCCUACCCAAAACCAUUCCACUGCCCCAGCUAACACUCCGAGACUCCAUACCAACCCCUCAUCUGCCCCUUUCCUCUUCCAAGCCCCCUUACUCCUUCAGCAGUCUGAUUUUCAUGGCCAUCGAGGACUCCCCAGAAAAGAUGCUACCCGUGAAGGGGAUCUAUGACUGGAUUGUGAACAACUUCCCCUACUACAGGGCGGCCCCUGGUGGCUGGAGAAACUCGGUGCGACACAACCUGUCGCUGAGUAAAUGUUUUCACCGGAUUCGCAGAGAGAAAGACCAGACUGUGGGCAAAGGAUCCUUGUGGUGCGUGUCUCCUGAGUACAGACCUGCUCUUUUGGAGGUGCUCAGGAAAACUCAGCACUGCCACAACACCAGCAGCAACCUGAACAGCAGCCCUCUGCUGCUUGAGGAAGGAGAUUAUGGCGCACAAGUGUUAAGUGAUGCUAUACAGAUCUCAGAUUCACUGUCCCAAACCCUUCUCCUCUCUUCACCCUCCCCACCCGCCUUGCCCUCUGAUACGGUCGUCCACAUGACUGCUGACCAAGAAGAGCUGGUGUCCAUGGAGACCAUAGAACUCCAGGAAGUGAAUGAGGACGGAGAGAAAGACCCGUUAACAGAUAGUGGCUACAUUGAGUUUCACUACUACCAGUAUCACCAGUAUCAGUACCUAGUGCUUCCAGGGGAGACUGAAUUAGACCUGGAGACGGUAGAGAUUCUGCAGCUGGAUGCCGAAGCCCAGGAGGCCGCUGGCUCAUUGCUUGACUUGGCAGGAGGUGGACAUUAACAUCCUCUGGCUGAAACUUGAACAGGAAGAGGCACAAACUGUCUCACCUGCCAUGUGUCAUACUGACACAUACAUACACUGAUCCUCACACUGCCUGAAUUAGUCCUGUUGAAAUGUUGACACACAGUGAUAUAUUUAAUACUUAUCACCAGCAUGCAGAGAUGGAGGCAGCUCAGCAAAAGAUCUAGUUGAACUCCGAUGAUGUGGGACAUCUGAAAAUUAAAGGACAACUUUAUCCAAGACAAAUCUGGAUGGCUGAUAUACUCAGAUUUUAUUAAUAAUCAAGACUGCCGUGUGAGAUUUUACGCAAUAAAAAUAUGUUUAUUCAAUAUGUUAAAAUUAACUGCCAGCACUGAGAGAUUCAGGGCCCAGAUAAAGUUUUAAUGUUUAGUUUUAAGUUAUGAUACACAUAUAACUGCUAAAUGCUUUUAGUUCAUUUUUAGAAAAAUGGAUAUUUUAGCUUCACUAACUAUAAAUCUUCCAGCUAUAAACGAUUUUGCAUGGUCAACUGAAUGAAAUAAAGGUUUUCAUUUUAAAUGUUCUUUUCUGUCAACAAUAAAUGAUUAUUGAGAUUCUUAGAGCCCAGUGUGUACCCAUUU